AUGAGUGAUCCAGAAAAGACCAUUACUUCAGUUCCUAGUAAGGAUAAACCUGAAGCUAUCACCAGUAUCAAAUCGAUUGAAGAUUUCAAUGAACAUCAAAUUCAGAUUAAUGGUAAGAUCAUUAAACUUGAUGGAGGUGAUGAAAUCAUGAAACUUGGUUUGGCUGAUGGAGAUAUCAUCGAAUUGACUCCAGAAGUUGAAAAAAAAUUGAAACGUAAGACUGAUAUGUAUCUUUUACCUAUUAUGGUAACAUUAUAUUGUCUUCAAUUCAUGGAUAAAUUAAGUAAUUCCUUCAGUUCUAUCUUAGGAUUAAGAACCGAUUUGAAUAUGACAGGUCAAAUUUAUUCCUGGACCGGGUCGGCGUUUUAUCUUGGAUAUCUUUUCGCCGAAUUCCCUAUCAGUUAUGUGUUACAAAAAUUACCAUUAGCAAAGACAUUGAGUGGAUUUGUUAUGGUUUGGGGAGUGAUUUUGGCAUUACAUUCAGUUGCUAAUGUUGGAGGUUUUAUGUUUUUAAGAGUUAUGUUGGGAGUUUUCGAAAGUUCUAUCACUCCAGGGUUCAGUAUGAUCACCAGACAAUGGUACCGUAAAGAUGAGACAUUUUUCAGAACUGCCAUUUGGUUCAGUGGGAAUGGUCUUGGUUAUAUCUUAGGAUCUUUCAUUGCUUAUGGGAUUGAUGUUCAUAAAGAUUCCAUGUCCAUAGCACCAUGGAAAUUAAUUUUCAUCAUUUCUGGGGUUUUAACCUUCGUUUUCGGGGUGGUAAUGUUCUUCCAUUUACCUAACUCUCCAGCUCAUGCUUGGUUUUUGACUGAUAUCGAGAAGAAAUUGAUUGUGGAAAGAAUUAGAGGUAAUCAACAAGGUUUUGGUAACCAUCACAUUAAGAAAGCUCAAAUUAUCGAAGCUUUAACUGAUUAUAGAAGUUGGAUUAUCUUUGCUUCCACAUUUGUGGGUAAUAUUCCUAAUGGAGGGAUCACUAACUUUGGUUCCAUCUUAAUGAAUGAAACUUUCGGUUAUACUGUUCAACAAUCAUUAUUAUUACAAACCAUUGGUGGAGCUGUUGAAUUUGUAGGACUUAUAGUGAUUGCUUCUUUCAGUAUGUAUUAUAAAUCGAGAUUUUUCUGGGCUACUGUAGGUCAAUGUCUUGCAGUAACAGGGAUGUUCAUGUUAUGUUUUGCUGGUGAUAAACAAGCUAGAUUUGCUGGGUAUUGUAUGCAAUUUUUGGCACCUUUAUCAUUCAUUGUAAUGUUAUCAACGGUUCAAACCAAUGUUUUGGGUUCAACUAAACAAUCCACAGUGUUUAUUAUGUUAUUAGUGGGAUAUUGUGUGGGUAAUUUAGCAGGAUCUCAAACUUUCUUAGCUAAGGAAGCUCCAACUUAUCACACAGCUCUUAAUUCCAUUGCUGCAUGUGCUGCCCUUUCAAUUGUACUUUUAGUGGCUUUAUGGGCAUCUUAUGCUUGGGAAAAUAAACAAAGAGAUAAGAGAGGUGAUAAAUUAGAGGUGGAAAACGUUGAAUUCUUGGAUUUGACCGAUAAACAAAAUUUAAAUUUUAGAUAUAGUUAUUAG